AUGGAGCGCAUCGAGGAGGUCUAUUCGAGUGGUCGUAUCAUGGGUGACGGACCUAAGGAGAAGACCAUCUCUAGCCUUGAGUCAUUGAUCCAGGUGGCCACAUCCAGGUUGGAGAAGAUGCCACUACAUCGUGACCGGUCCAGCCAGCUCACUGUGCAGAUGAUAGCGGAUGAACUUAGGAGCAUGAAGAUAGCACCUAAAAGAGCUCGAGGAAGACCCGCUAAUAACCGAGAAAAUGAAGAAGGAAACCGAAACGCGAACCAGAACCCUGAUAUAGCACAACUUCUAGAGUUAGUACGCCAACAAACAGCCACUACAGCCCAACAACAACAACUUCUACAACAAAUGCAACCACCACAACCACCUCCAGCAAAUGUCACCACUUUCAAAAUCUUUCAAUCCGUAAAACCCCUAGAAUUCAAAGGAACCCAAGAUCUAGUUGAAGCUCAUGCUUGGCUAAAAGAGAUAGAGAAGGCUUUUGCCUUAACAAAUGUUGGAGAUAAUCAGAAGGUAGAGUAUGCUACUUAUUUUCUUAAGGGAGAAUCGAACUAUUGGUGGGAAACAGCAAAAGCUUUAGAACCCGAAGGAAUCAUUACUUGGGAUAGGUUUAAGAGAAUGUUUUUGGAUAAGUACUUUCCUCGUUAUAUGCAAACACAAAUGGAGAUGAAGUUCUUUGAAUUGAGGCAAGAUAAUAUGACUGUUGGGGAAUAUGAGAAGAAAUUUACUGAACUAUCUAGAUUCAUAGGAGAGUAUGUUGAUUCGGAAGAGAAGAGAGCAAAGAGGUUUCAAGAAGGACUAAAGCCGUGGUUGAGAAGCCGUGUGGCGGCUUUUGAAUUGACUACUUAUGCUGAAGUAGUUCAAAAAGCAAUGGUAAUUGAAGGUGAAAGUGAGCAGAAUCAGAAGGAGAAGGGCAACAAAAAGAGAAGAUUUGAAUCGGGAGAAGAAGGCUCAUGUUACAAGGGCCAGCAUCAGAAAGUUAAUCAAAGGUUUAAACCUCAAAGUGGACCCGGGAAUUUCAAGAAGAGGGAAUUUGGAAACAAGUCACAAGAAAACAGAUCUCAAUGGAGUGGACAGAAACCCCCGCAAGGAUCGAUUCCGGAGUGUAAGGUUUGUAACAAGAAGCAUACGGGGAUUUGCAACAAGGCAAAUGUAGUUUGUUUCAAGUGUCAUGCAAAAAGCCAUUAUGCUCAUGAAUGUAAGAAUCAGAAGGCCAACAUCACGUGCUACAAGUGUGGUAAAGUGGGACAUGUGUCGAGGGAAUGCAAAGGAGCGGUUAACAAUUGA